ACACGUGUGAUUUGUCUCCUGUCGUUGCAAAGUUGGCAAAACUUCCGAUCAAACUAUAGGUGAAAGUUACAUUUCUGGCCGCUUGUUAACCCCGAAAAUAUGACGUCUGAAGCAAAGUCACAAAGUGAUAUUUUGAAACCAAAACAUUCCAAAGCACUGCUUGGUGUGGAGGGAAUUAGACAAAAAACAAAAGAAAGUGUAGUUUUCUCUCUCUUGAAAGAGAAAAAACGUAGUGGUGGAACAUUCAAAAUUGCGCCAUCAUCUUCUUUGCAGAAGGUCAAAGAAUUUCUACCUCACCUAAGGAGUGCAAACAUUAAAAUGCAAGAGGAGCUUAAAAGUGAUCCUAACAAGCAAACAAAGUAUGACAUACAGAACUUAGAUGAAGAAUCUGGAAGAAUAAUAGAAAUGGAUUUGGCUCUUUAUGAAGACACAGAUUCAGACUGUUCAAUUUCAUCUGAAGACAUGAGAACAGAGGCAAACAAUGAAGUGAUAGAUGAAAAUAACAUAAAGUUUCCAGGAGGCAACUUUAAGUCGAACUUAGUUCAAGUUAUAGAAAAGGAUCAAGUAGAACAGGAAAAUAUUACCAUUCCUGUUUAACAACUGAAAAUAUAUUGUACAACUUUCUUAGGAA